AUGCAGCCCCUACCAAAUCUCAAACAUAUAGAUUUGAGCUUUUCUGAACAGUUGAAAGAAAUCCCAAAUCUUUCAGAGGCUACUAAUCUCGAGACAUUGACACUUAUCUAUUGCACAAGUUUGGUGGAGCUUCCCUCUUCUAUUAGGAAUCUACACAAACUGGAAUGUUGGAUAUGGAUAGUACGAGUUAUUCCCACCAACAUCAACUUAGCAUCUCUUGCGAGAGUCUCGAUGAUUGGUUGCAGGCAGUUGAAAACUUUUGCAGAUUGGGUCAGAGUGUUUCAAGGUGAGAGUAGUAGCAGCAAACGGAAAGAGCAGAGUGAAGGAGCCGCCGGGGUCUCCGAAGAUGGAAGUGUCGUCAAAAGAAAGAUCAACUUCUUCUCUCAAGCUGUAACCACUCUCUCCAGAUAUGGGAGCUAUGUGACGAGUGGGAGGCGUUUUCACAUGUAUUUCCUAGAAUGGACAUCGUCGUCGUCGUCACUGAUCAUCAACUUCCGACAAGGAUCGGUGAAUGAAAACUUGAGAUUUCUUUUUCCGUGGAGUUCUCUUUCCGUCGAUUUCCUACAGAUUUCAUCCGGCGGCGGUGGAUAG